CUGAAGAGGUGAGAAAUUAAUAGCAGUGAGAAGAACAGAAGGUGCUUCAUCACACACACUGGGGUUAGGAAUCAAAAUUAGGAACCUCCACAAUUCAAGCCAAAAUAUUCAAGGGGAAAAUGGAUUCACAAAUUUAACAUGGGAAUUAUUGACUGCACUGGAUUCUGAAGAAUUCAAACAAUACGCUUUAGUUAUUCUUUAUUUCACACAGUCAGCAUCUAUCAACAGUUUCUCAAUUUUCUUAUUCAGAGAGUAUGUCUGGCAAGAAAUCUCUACAGUAUGACGUACUGGAAUUUCUAUCUCUUGACCGACGAGCUUCAAAAGUAAAUUGUACGUCUAUAAGAGGAGUGGUUUUAAAGUUGCUCAAAUUUUCUAGGACAGAAUUGCAGAAGAUCCGAGCAAUUUGGACAUGGAUAGUCAACAAUAUCGCCUAUGACACUGAACAGAGUCCCAAGGAUCCUGAAGAAGUGUUUCGAAGAAGAAAAGCAAAGUGUGUUGGCCAGGCUAACCUUUUCAAGGAAAUGUGCAGGUUUGCAGGGAUUGAGUGUGUCGUCAUUUCUGGACAAAGACACAGAUGGAAUGCAGUUUGUAUUGAAGGCAGAUGGCACCUUUUAGAUGUUACAUGGAUUAAAGAGGAAUAUUUCUUGACACAUCCUGAAAUUUUUCAAAAGGAUCACACGCCACAUGAAGAGAAGUGGAAACUACUGGAUGGAAACUUAAAAUCUAAUCCAAUAAGCAAUGAAAUUUGCCUGAUUUUGUGAUGUUUACAUUUUGUUAUUUUACCUUUUUACUCUUCAAGAAAUCAGAAAGAA